CAGAUUCAUUCAUAAAAUCUCACCAGUGAGGUCUUCAUGCGGUGACCCUGUGAAGACACUCUGCUGUUCACGAGAAGCUUAAAAGUUUGAAUCUCAUUCGUGUGUUUGUGAUGAAUGUGCAGCGACAGCUUUAACAGCACCUGUCACUUUGUCAGCUGAAAUACAAGGGACGGAGGAGGACGACGCACCAGUCAAACACUUUAACAGGCUGCAGCCCGCUGGAGAGCACAACAAGUUGACGUAGCCUGCAACAUAAGUGGCCACAGGAGGAGAUUUCAACAAUGUCUCUUCUAGUCAUACUACUUGUGGUGUCAUUGGCUUCGCAGUGUUGGACUGCACCACAGAGGAGAAACUGGACUCCUCAGGCGAUCUUAUACCUCAAAGGAGCACAGGGACACCGUUCAGUAUUGGAGCGCACCAGCAGAGAUGAAGGGGACACUUCACAUAUGGAGACUCCCAACCAGAGCAGUGAUGGACUGGGAUCACCUCUGACUCCUUUAAUUCUUCUGGAGCUCUUGCAGCAAGCUGUGGAAGAAGGUGGAGACAAUCCAAAUUACCUGGACUACCAAAAGCUGAAUAUAAACCAUUUGUGAAAGUUAUCAGAGACCACUUGCAAUUUAUUUCGGGUUAAUUGUUGCAUUUCAUUAUAUCGAUCACAUUUUUCGUCAUGUGUUGCCAUUUGCAUUUACUUUUCAUUAAAUAUGCUGUAUAAAUGAAAUGCCUUGGCUGCAAGCUGUUGUUGUUCCACUGGGAUUCAUAGUAGUGUCUUGCUUGUUCCUGAUGUUAGUUAGCAGUUUUCAGUGUGACUCGUGGGGAUUUCCUUUUACAGUUGCACUUCUCACAGGACUAUUUUUAAAAAAUGCUUCGAGCAACAACUUCGUGAUACACUCAUUCACACCAUACAGUGAUUAACACCAGGCGGGACAACGUUCAGUCAUACAUCAACACACUGUCCACACGGGGUCACUGAGGGAAUCAUGUCUGGGUCAAUCAGAGGUAAGCAGCUGAGAUUUAGAGGAGAUUAAGUUUCACUUCUGUUAAAAUGACACAGGCAGGAAAAAUGGAAAUUCUUGUAUGUAAGGCAGAACAAGCAUGAAAGGUAAAUCCAGCCAAUAAAAUACUUAGUGUGUCAUUAAAAAGGAUUUUAGGUCAACAAAAAUAAGUACAAAGAAAAA